AUGCUGUGCGGCUGCCGUUGGUAUUUUGAUGAACAAAUCAAAAUUGAAUUGGCAACUAAAAAUGGGUCUUUUGUACAUAUUAAAGAUCCAAUUUCUUUUCCUGAAUUUGAACAGUUGGAUCAAUUCAAAUUUACACAAACUGAACGUAAUUCUAACAAAAGUUAUUGGAAGACUUGUGUUGAUAAAGCUGUGGCCAAUAUUGAAGGUUUUAAAAACAAUUCUAAUUUAACAACAGCAAAAAUAGAAGAAAGGAAGAGAGGACGUUUUGUCUUCGUAAUUACUGAUUUUGAGAGAAAUCGAAAUGGAAGUGAGGUUUAUUUGAAAAUAUGUUUUUCUAUCAAGUCCGCAAGUUUUGUCCGCAAGUUUUAA